AUGCAUAUACACAAUGCAGGUAUAUUUGAAAGUACCAAGACAGCGCAAGUAUACAAUGUACUGUACAUGGAUAGACACUGCAGAAUAACCUACGCCAUGGUAAGUCGCGCUUGCAUUCGAUCCCUGUCAAAGCUUGGCAGGACCCUGGCAGUGGGAAGCCAUAGCUUGACAGGGCUGAAUAAGACCAUGAUGGGGCCCUGUUACACGUUGACUCGAAACCUCACCACCGCCACCAAGGAAACCAAAGUCGGCGUCAUCGGAUGUGGACAAGUUGGCGAAGCUGUGACCAACAACCUGACACGGAAAGGAUACAGGGUGGUAGCAGCGUGUGACAGUGACCCCCGCCGUCUAGUAGAUCUGCCUUCGUCUGUAUCUCGAGUCUCCACGCCAAGGGAGGUGGUGCAGCUGUCCGAUGUUAUCCUAACCUGCCUGCCAAAACCGCCCAAUGUGAAGGCUGUAGCCGAGGGUAGUGACGGCGUGUUGACGUCACUAACCGCUGGCAAGAUAUGGAUCGACCACUCUACAACAGAAUUCGAGCAGACGCAAGUAUACAUGAAGGCAGUACAUGAAGUAGGGGCGCACAUGCUGGAGUCGCCCAUCACGGGUGGGUUGGACGCACUCAAGAAAGGACAGAUGAUCGCGUAUGUGGGUGGUGACAAGACCAUAGUUGACGCCGUCAUGCCUCUCCUAGAC